GUUCCUCGCACCCCCUGUCCCCUCUCCCAACCGACUCCAGUCUCGGCGCAAACGCAUCCAGCGCGGUGCUAUCAGACAGUAGAGAAAGUGGGGGAGUGAUCAGAGUGUUUGAGCUGUAAAGACUGUUGAUAUCAUCAGAUGCAGCUGACAUCUUGAUAUUGUUGAGCUCCGCCAGCAUCGAAAUCAGAUGUUCUUUUAGAGAUUUGCGAGCAAAGUUCCCUCCUUUGAUGGAUCCACAGAAGGGCGUUUCAGAGAAGCAAGUGGAAGUGGUCUUAAUGAUCCCAGGGGAGGAAGCAUCAGCUGCAGCUGCAGCUUCUUCUGGGAAUGCCAUUCGACACCUAAAGGUGGAACCUUUUGAAGAUUUCUCGAAGGAUGAAAGCGCUAAUAAAUUCAAAUCUCCAGGUCGAACUGGACACCUUUCCCCUGAGAUCACAAAGUCUUCGCUCAGUCCCAAGAAGCCACCCAGACCUCCUGGAGCCGAGACCCUUGUCCGCGGUCGCUCUAUCUCCAAGCCCAAGUCUAGAUUUGUUGAGCAGUCUGUUCCUCCGGCUCCCAUCUCCGCAGACGACCGCUGCCCACCGAUCUAUGAACGACUGCCAGGCUCGCCGAAUUCCAAGGCCUUGGGCGCUCCUAAGACCCCCCCGUCGCAUGCCGGGGAUGAAGAGGAGGAAGAGGAAGAGGACGAGGCAAUUUAUAAGAAACAACAGUUCGCAGACGGUGGGACGCCGCAAAGAAAGUGGAAAGUUAGGGUCUUGAUCGAGUGGGCGAUACUUAUCGUCGCGAUGGGAUGCUUGGUUACGAGCUUGACAGUUCGCCGGUUGCAUAGAGUUGUAAUCUGGGGAUUGGAGAUCUGGAAAUGGUGCCUGAUGGUCAUAGUAAUCUGUUGCGGCCGAUUGGUGACAUAUUGGCUGAUCACCCUCCUCGUUUUCGUGGUAGAAAGGAACUUCCUCUUGAGAAAGAAAGUGCUGUACUUCGUGUAUGGAUUGAAGAACAGCGUUCGGGUCUGUGUUUGGUUGGGUCUAGUUUUACUCACUUGGUCUUUGUUAUUUAGCCAUGGAGUUCAGCGAUCACCCAAGACCACCAAAGCUCUGCAUUAUGUGUCUCGCACGCUUGCUUCGCUACUGAUUGGGUCAGUGUUGUGGCUGGUGAAGACUCUCUUGGUGAAGAUACUAGCUUCCAACUUCCACCUGAACACAUUUUUUGACAGAAUCCAGGAGUCCAUAUUUCAUCAGUACGUGCUGCAGACGCUGUCGGGGCCACCAUUAAUGGAGUUGGCUGAGAAGGUUGGGCAUGUCAAGAGUACGUCACAUUUAAGUUUAAGAAGCACCGGAAAAGGGAAAGGCAAAGGCAAAGGAGGGGAGGAGUUGGGGAUGAUUGAUGUGGGAAAGCUUCAAAAAAUGAAGCAUGAGAAAGUGUCAGCUUGGACCAUGAAGGGAUUGAUCAAUGUGAUCAGCAGUUCAGGGCUUUCGACUAUCUCCAAUACUAUUGAGUGCUUUGAUGAGGAAGCAAGUGAGCAAAUGGACAAGGAAAUAACCAGUGAAUGGGAAGCAAAGGCUGCAGCUUAUAGAAUUUUUAAGAAUGUUGCAAAGCCUGGUUACAAGUACAUUGAUGAGGAAGAUCUUCUGAGAUUUUUAAGUAAAGAGGAAGUGACUUAUGUGCUUCCAUUAUUUGAAGGAGCUGUGGAGAUGGGAAAGAUUAAAAAGUCAGCCUUAAGGAACUGGGUGGUGAAGGCAUAUCUUGAUCGCAAAUCACUUGCACAUUCCUUAAAUGACACAAAAACAGCUGUAAAGCAAUUGCAUAAACUCGCAAGUGUUAUGGUCAUCGUUGUGAUCAUUAUUGUCAUGCUCCUUUUGUUGGGAUUUGCAACAACACAAGUUCUUGUAUUUAUCUCAUCUCAACUAUUAUUAGUGGUUUUUAUGUUUGGGAAUACCUGCAAGACUGUCUUUGAAGCGAUCAUAUUUGUGUUUGUAAUGCACCCUUUUGAUGUUGGUGAUCGUUGUGUUGUUGAUGGAGUCCAGAUGAUAGUGGAAGAAAUGAAUAUACUGACAACAACAUUUCUGAGAUACGACAAUGAGAAGAUAUUCUAUCCAAAUUCAGUAUUGUUGACCAAACCAAUCAGUAACUUCUAUCGAAGCCCUGACAUGAGUGAUUCCAUCAAGUUCUCUGUUGAUGUUUCAACUGCAAUCGAAAGCAUUGGAGCUUUAAAAUCUAAAAUAAAAGCGUACAUUGACAACAAACCUAAUUAUUGGCAUCCCAAUCACAGCAUAGUAGUAGAGAACAUCGUGGACAUUAAUAAGAUGAAUAUGACCCUUAACGUUCGCCAUACUAUGAACUUUCAGAACAUUGUGGAGAAGAACAACCGGAGGUCUGAUCUUGUUCUGGAGCUGAAGAAAAUAUUUGAAGAACUAUCGAUUCGGUAUCACUUGCUGCCCCAAGAAGUGCACUUCAGUUAUACUGGCUUCAACCCGUUACCUGUAUCUAUUGGACAAAGCAUAUGAUGAUAUCCAAGAGUUAAUGAACCUUUUGAAAACCUAAGUUCUCGACGAUUGCAAAUGCUGUAAUGCUGUGAUUUUGUGUCAAGAGGUUCGGCUUGUUAUUGUGUUGUAAUGCUAUUUGUCAUACGCUCUAAACAAGAGUGUUUGUGUAAUGUUGUGGGACUAUAGGCAAUGUCAGUAUUGUGUUGCUCGA